GACAUCAUCUUGUGAGAGUGGAUCCUCCCCAAGGAGAAGAGGAGAGCAGGAGGAGGGAAUGAGAGAGAAGAGCAAUCACUCUGAAAGCUCUGGAUGAAUCCCAGCACACGGCAUGCUGGCUGACUCCAAGUAUGAUCGCUUUCGCAAUGACUCCGUAACUUCAACAGAGGAGCAGACACCUCUGGCAGCUGGAGCCAUGAGUGGACAACUGGCCCCGGAUUCUCCCACCACAUCGCCAUCAUUGGUUCAGCCAUUCUCUGAACCGCAAUGCCCCGAAGAGCAGGAUGUGGCUACCACCUUUUGCAUGAUGAUACCCAGGAUGGGGCAAUGGAAAUUCUCGAGUCCUGCUGCUUUCCUGAGCCGAUAUCCUUCUGGUUCAAACAAGGAACUAUCUAUGGAGAAAUCUGGGGGAUUGGGGUCAAUGUUCGGAGCCUGUGAUCCAGUUUGUUCUACACCAUGUACUCUGCAGGUGAUAAACCGGUUGCGAGGGGGGGCAGGUGGAGGAGGAGGGAGAAAGGCUGCACGGACAGAGACAUAUAAACAGCCAGGGGAGGAAUGGACCCGUAAAGGGACUUUUAUCAGUAAACCAGCUCAGGGUUGGCUUCAUCCUGAUGACCGUCUGCAGGGUCCUGGAGUGUCUUAUAUUGUGAGGUACAUGGGUUGCAUUGAAGUUCUACGUUCCAUGAGAUCUCUGGAUUUUAACACAAGGACACAAGUGACAAGAGAAGCCAUCAACAGGCUAUAUGAGGCUGUUCCUGGAGUGAGAGGGACCUGGAAAAAGAAGGCACCGAAUAAAUCUUUAGCUUCAGUUUUGGGUCGGAGUAAUCUUCAUUUCGCAGGAAUAAGCAUUGCUGUAAAUAUAUCCACUGAGGGACUUAAUCUCAGUAUCCCAACCACCCGGCAGGUUAUCGCCAAUCAUCACAUGCAAGCCAUCUCCUUUGCGUCAGGAGGGGACAUGGACACAACAGAUUAUGUAGCUUACGUAGCCAAGGAUCCAAUUAACCAGAGAGCCUGUCACAUUCUGGAGUGCUGUGAUGGGUUGGCCCAGAGUGUGAUCAGCACUGUAGGACAAGCCUUUGAGUUGAGGUUCAAACAGUUCCUGCACAGUCCUCCCAAAGUGGCAGCACCCCCAGACAGGAUGGUGUUUGGGAGCGAGGAGCUGGCAUGGGGAGUUGAGGAGGAUCAAAGCUCUGAACACAACUAUUACAAUAAUAUCCCCGGCAAGGAACCCCCUCCAGGUGGAGUGCAAGACUGCAGGGUGAGGGACUCGGGUCAAACAAACCAGCCUAACACACAGAUAACAAGCAAUGGACAAUGGCCACAGGCGGGUUCUCCAGCCAGAAGACCACCAGUAUCACAGUCUGGCUCACAAUGGGAGCUGAAAGAACAGGGGCCAACCAAUGACUUAUUCCAAGGUACCAAUGGCCGGCCACUAGGACUCCGAGACUAUGAGGAACACAUGUAUGUGAAUACGCAGAGCUUGGAUGGACUGAAUACAGAAAAAGAGCCCUAUAUGAUCCCGGAGGAUAGUCCAAAGAAAGAUCUCUUUGAUAUGCGACCAUUUGAAGAUGCUCUAAAACUUCACGAGUCUGGCCUCUCUGAAGCCCAAAAGUUGGAAGAUCAGUGGCCAAGUCCACCCACUAGAAGAGCACCUGUCGCCCCAACGGAAGAGCAACUCAAAAGAGAGCCAUGGUAUCAGGGAAAGAUGAGCAGAAGGGAAGCAGAGAAGCUUCUGCAGAGAGAUGGUGACUUCCUGGUGAGGGAUAGCAUCACCAACCCAGGCCAAUAUGUCUUAACAGGCAUGCACAGAGGGCAACCCAAGCACCUUCUAUUAGUGGACCCAGAAGGAGUGGUCAGAACAAAAGAUGUACUGUUUGAGAGUAUCAGUCACCUGAUCUCCUAUCAUCUCCAUAACCAACAGCCGAUUGUGGCAGCUGAGAGUGAACUGCACCUAAGGCAGGUGAUAGCACGCAAAGGACCAUCUUAGGUAACCUCACAAGGAGAUGAAUAUUAAUCAAGAAAGGGGCAGAGGGGCUUCCCCUGAAACAGGUCAUGAAAGAGAAAAAAAACAAAAUGUACUAUCAAUCAAAAAGUGGCACACUUAGUACUCCUGCUAAAACAACAUCUAGACAUUUACGUAUAGUUCUACUACUUCACCACUGGAGGGAGCAGUUGAUCACACCAGGAAGAGGAUCAUAUCAAACUUUCAAACUGCAAUUCCUUAAUGCAAUUAUGUGUUCUUAUAACAUAAACGAUUCUGGUUACAUGUAAGAAUACACAUUGGGGGUCAUUCCGAGUUGUUCACUCGUUGACGAUUUUCGCAACGGAGCGAUUAAGGCGAAAAUGCGCAUGCGCAUGGUACGCAGUGCGCAUGCGCUAAGUAUUUUAGCACAAAACUUAUUAGAUUUACUCACGUCCGAACAAAGAAUUUUCAUCGCUGAAGUGAUCGGAGUGUGAUUGACAGGAAGUGGGUGUUUCUAGACGGAAACUGACCGUUUUCUGGGAGUGUGCGGAAAAACGCAGGCGUGCCAGGAUAAAAGAUAAAACGCGGGAGUGUCUGGAGAAACGGGGGAGUGGCUGGCCGAACGCAGGGCAUGUAUGUGACGUCAAACCAGGAAUGAAACGGGCUGAGCUGAUCGCAGUGUAGGAGUAAGUCUCGAGCUACUCAGAAACUGCUAAGAAUUUUCUAUUAGCAAUUCUGGUAAUCUUUCAUUCGCAAUUCUGCUAAGCUAAGAUACACUGCCAGAGGGCGGCGGCCUAGCGUGUGCAAUGCUGCUAAAAUCUGCUAGCGAGCGAACAACUCGGAAUGACCCCCUUUGUUUUGGCCUAUUUGCCUUAGUUUAUACUUUACGUUGAUAUUAAUAAUGUAUACUUUGCCAAGUGUCAUGAGAUACACUUGGAACUACAGUAAGUGACAGAUGAUAUAAAGAUUACUGUGGUUUUGAAAUACCUCUCUUCUCAGCAUGCACGUUUAUAGUGCAAAACAUUUUUUACCAUCAGUUGACCAUCUUCUAGGAGCUUCUUGCUGACUGGAAUAAAAAUGCUAAAAAAAAAUCCAAAUUGGCUAAAUUCAUACAACAUAGAAUUUGCUUUUCAAAUAAAAAUACUUUAAUAAAAAAAACUGAAACACAAUAAACAAUAAGCAUGCAACUAAAUAUUGAUAGAAAAUCAUGAGCUACUGUAUCAUUCACAAAAAGUCAUCAAAACCAACCUCUAAACCACAGAAAUGUAAAUGACUUCCUUAUCAGGAAUUAACAAUGAAUGAGAAGGCAUAAAAAGAUACUCCGGAGAACUGAUUAGGGCUCACAGAGGAUGAGGAGGCUCUGGUGAGCUUGCAUGGGACUGGUGGGACAUUAUAGGCGGCCACCUAUAUUCAAUCAUAUAAGAUGCUUAUGCAAUCUUUGCCUUUGAACCUCACCGCAGUGUUUAUCUUGGCGCUGCACAUUUAGUAGGAGGAAUCCCUAUUGUCCACACAGAGUCUUAUCAGGAUACAGCUUUGCAAAUGAAGGACUAAUUAGGAGUUAUUUCCUUUUUCUGCAGUUUAGAUGUGGGUUAUAAGAAUUUUGUGAAUAAUACAUAUCCGUAAUGAGCUGGAUUGCGAUUCUGUUUCAUGUAUUCAAGUAUUGUUUUAUUUAUGCAUACUUAUUGUUGUCUUUUAAGUCUUUUUUAAAUUAAAGUUGAUUAUUUUAGAACCCAGUUUUCUACUGUUUACAAGAACCAAACCGUUUAAAAUAUUUAUUUAGCUUUUUUUCAAUUUGAUUUUUCACCACACUUACCGCUGUUCUUGUUGGGGGUUUUCUGUCACUAUAUAGCUCUGACAUACAGCAGCACAGCUGCUGUGUUCAGAGCCGGCCCUAGCUAUAGGCAGACUCCUGUGUUGGUUUAGACUGGAGUGCCAAAAGGAAACCUUUUUCUUGAUUCUUCUUACCGACUGUCUCUGACUCAGAGAUCAGGUUACACUCCUCAGAAUGUGCAGGAGAGCUGAAAAGCAAAUGCUUGAAGUCACAGCUAUAUAGAUUUCAUGCAGAGAAGACUGAGCUAUAGGAGGACAUCCUGGAAAAAUGACAGCUUCUUGUUACACCAGGUUGUAAAGGUAUAAAAGUUACUGCUUGAACCCAGAUCACCCGGAUAAUGUAUGUGGGAUUGCUGCUUUAACCACAACAUAAAGUGAAAGUGUUGCUGGCUGUGACAAGACCAAAUUAACCAUUUAUUUGUCAGAAGGACAAGUGUGAUAUAUUGUAUACCCCCCUUGGAGCAACAAUGUUAACCAUAUAAAAACAUAAACUAUUUUUAACAUCAAUACAAAGGUAUCUCAGUCUGUUUUCACUUUCUACUGUCCUGCUGCAAAACCUAACACACAAAUUCACCCAUUUAGGAUUUAGCCUUGUGGUUUCCAAGCAUGGCUGACCUGCUUUACAGUGCGACAUCUACCACGUCUGAUGAUAUAUUUGCCUGGAAUAAUGUCACAUUUCAUAUAAUUACUGUGAUACAUUUUAUAAGUUUAUCAAAUUGAAUAAUAAAGCGUGGCUGAAGGAUGGCUAAUGUUGAACUCCGUCUUCAAUGGUUAAAACACAGAAAAAGUUUCAGCUGUCACUCACUAGGCUGGCCGUUACGCCAUCUAGAGACAGUGAAGUGGAACGCAGCAGAUAAUCUAGUUAUCACUUACCUGGAGCCAUCUGACCUCUUGGGAUGGAUAAGUACUCUUUCUAUGGGCAAUGGCAGAAAAUAGCAUUUCACAGGUUUUAAAUAAGUAUUGCUUUUCAUAUCAGAAUGCAUAAGUAAAGAACAAAUGUGUUGCACCCACUGCUUUACUUCUAUAAGCCAGGUGACCACCAAUACUCUACAGACAUGUAAUGGCUAUCAUGGAGAAGUCAUGGAGUGCUGAAUGCAGUAAGAGUUACAGAGACAUUUCCUGUGACUUGUGAUGACUUCAGUCCUAUGGAAUGAACAUUAUCAUUCAUAAAUGAUGAGAGAAUGUGCUCCUUACGCUGGGAAGAUCUGACAAUCCGCAUAGCACAGCAAAAGCUGGAAAGCAGUGACUCAAAGAAUCUACAUUUUCCUGAGUGACACGAGUCUGGACCUAUGGAUAUAUGUGUUAGAGUUGUAUAAUACAAUGCACUGUUUUUUUCCAUUUCUCAGACUGUUACAUGAACCAUUCAGUGUGGUUGCAUAUAAUACAGCGAUGGGACCAUGAUCCGGGAACCUGCACUGAACACAAUGGGAAAGAAAGCAGCAGUAGGAAUGAUACUGAGCAGUGCAGAGGAGGGUUUUUUGGGGGUUAUAGAUGAUUAAACAAACUUUAUCUGUACUUGAUGAUUUUAAUUAAAAAAUAUAUUAGAAAAAUGA